CCUCCACCAUGUAUUACAAGUUUAACGGCUUCACGCAGAGGCUGGUCGGGGUAGCAGCUUCUGCCGCUUACAAUCCCCAGGGACUCAAACCAAUAGUUUCCACUGAAUCCUCAGCUCUGAUUUUUGGGACAACAACUAAACUUGCUUCAGAUUUACCAGCAACUGAUUCUUUCUUGGGUAAAAACAAGGUGCCAGACCUACAGAAACUUUUUCAGAAAACAGAUGGGCUGCCAGUACACCUGAAGCGAGGCGUUCCAGAUAAGCUGCUUUAUCGGACCACUAUGGCUCUAACAAUAGGAGGGACUAUCUACUGUCUAGUAGCACUGUACAUGGCCUCACAACCAAGAAACCAAAAAUGAAUGAACCACAACUCAUGGGACUCGUGACACAUCUCUGAACGCCCUCCUGCAUGCACCUCUUUGCACUGGCUGUAGUUAAUUCUGUGAUCGUAUUGGGUUCAUUAUCCAGAUCAAACUUCUUGGAGAAACUGUUUUAAAUUGAUUGCCUUAUGUGUUCUAGAAAUCAACAUGAACAGACUAAAGACAUCAUUUUAGCAUACAGUUGUAGCUUUGCAUUUCUUGUCUUGCAGGAGUGUGUGAACAGUUUGAGAAAGUUAAGCUUUUCCUUCUCUCCAUCCCCCCAACUUAAACAGGACAAAUACUUUGUGGGCUGUGCUCCAUGUGCCUUAGUGAGAGGAUGCUACUGGUUUCCAAAAUGAGCAUACACAGCUCAUUUUACAUAAGCAAGUGGCAGUGAAACUUUUCUAAAUGCUAAUACAUUAUUAAAUAUUUAUACCUUUGAUGGUAGGACAAAGGGCUUCUCUCCUUGGAGCAUUUAAAGUGGGUUUAUUCCAUAAUGAUAAUACCACUGUACGCAUCAGAGUGUACCAGUAUUGUAGCAUCAGUUAUAUAAGUUUUUGAACUUUCAUUUGUCAAACAAUCUUACUGUACAAUAAAGAUAACUAGAUGAGUAAUGAAACAGACAAAUCUUUAAGGUUUCAAACUGCUUCAGCUGAU